AUGGAUCCCAAGACCUAUACUACACUACUAUUUGACGAUGAAACAUUCAGCCGGUCGAGGCUCUAUUUCUGGAUCCUGGGUUGUCUUAACGAGUUCAACGUCAGCAUCGAAGACAAUAUCAAGCAAUGGAAGCUUUUUCGGCAAGCUCGAAUUUCCCGUGUACUUGAUCCGCCGUCUAAAUCGCCGUCUAAAUCGUCGCCUGAAUCGUCGCCUGAAUCAUCACCCUUUACAUUCGACAAGUCUCGAGACUUCACCAGGCUUCAAGAGCUAGACAAAAGGGCUGGGGAGAUCCUGCGAAGCUUGGAGGAUCUGCAAGCACAAUUCAAAGCCAAAAUGGCGAUGGUUCAAGCAUUGCGCGAUGGACUUUUCAACGCUAGCGCUCUCAUGGAGAGCAGGUCUUCCACAAGGCUAGGCCAAAACGUGCAGCUCCUCACUUAUGUGAGCAUAUUUUAUCUGCCAUUAGGAUUCUGUGCUGCGCUUUGGGCUAUCCCGAAUAUCACCGAUGGCGCUACGAAAAUUCCUUUCAUCUUGACUGCUGUUGUUGUAGGAUUCGUCACAUAUGCCGUUGAGCGACUUCUGCGGCAGAUGGAAGAGGAUGGCAUCGGAUCUUGGCCAGAGCGUCGCAAGCGAUUCGAGGAAUUCCCUCCUAAUCAGGAGCGAAAAAUACCAUCUGAGUGGUUGAUAUUCGGAUACCAGAUACGCAGGCUAUUUAGAGAGAAGAAGCCUGCAAGUGCAACUGGCUCUGAUGCCAUGAGCAAUGGCCCAGUAAACUCAGACCAGGCAGUCUAG